UUUCUCACAUGGUUAUUGAGGAAGUAAACUGUAUUCAGAACCAUCUUGAAAUUGAGAAGACGUGCCGUGAAAGUGCUGAGGCUUUGGCUUCUAAGCUGAACAAAGAAAAUAAGACCUUGAAAAGAAUUAGUAUGCUUUAUAUGGCAAAACUGGGGCCAGAAAUCAUCACUGAAGAGAUUAACAUUGAUGAAGAUGAUUCAUCCACAGAUACAGAAGCUAACUCUGGAUCAUGCAAUUCUAUGCACUGUCAGCAGCAAAUAAAAGAGCUGCGAGAUCAAAUCAUAUCUGUUCAUGAGGAAAAGAAGACCUUAACCAUUGAACUGGAAAACCUGAGGUGCAAACUUGUGGAAGUAAUUGAAGAAGUGAAUAAAGUGAAAGAAGAAAAGGCUGUUUUGACAACAGAAGUUAAUAAGCAGCAAAAACUGUUGGAGAAAUGUAACAGAGUGUCUGUGCUGGCAGUAGAGGAAUAUGAAGAGCUUCAUGUAAACUUCGAACUGGAAAAGAACCUGCGGAAGAAAGCAGAGUCGUUUGCACAAGAGAUGUUUAUUGAACAAAACAAGAUGAAAAGGCAAAGUCAAUUGCUUCUGCAAAAUUCUGCUCCUGAUCAACAGCUUUUGAAGGCUUUGGAUGACAAUGCUAAGCUAACCCACACGUUAGAGGAAGAGAGGCUUCAACACCAACAAAAGGUGAAAGAAUUGGAAGAGCAGCUAGAAAAUCAAGCUCUGCAUAAGGAGAUUAGUCGUCUUAAACAGCAACUAGAACUUUUGGAAGAAGAUAAAAAGGAACUAGAGCUUAAGUGUCAGAACGCAGAAGAAAAAGCUAAAGACCUAAAGCAUUCAGUUGAUGAACUUCAAAAACGAAUACAGCAGUCUGAAAAUCCUGUACCGCCUCCUCCACCGCCACCCCCUCCUCCUCUUCCUCCUCCCCCUCCUCCUAACCCUAUACGGUCUCUCAUGUCAAUGAUUCGCAAGAGAUCUCACUCCAACACCAAUGUGAGCAAGAAGGAGAAACCUCCUCAGCAGGAGCCAGGUGAAGAAGUUACGGAUCUGAAGAGGCAAGCUGUUGAAGAAAUGAUGGACAGAAUUAAAAAGGGAGUUCAUCUGAGACCAGUCAACCAAUCAAGCAGACCUAAAACAAAGCCAGAAACACCAAAGCCCUCUGAAAGUGCAAUGAAAGAAUUAAAAGGGAUUCUGGAAACGCUGAACAAAUCCACUAGUUCCCGAAGCUUGAAGUCCCUUGAAACAGACAGCAGCGAAACAGAGCUGGAACGAGUUCUGCGACGCCGGAAAGUGACCACUGACCAGGACAGUGGCAGUCCCACUGGAACCUUGGCCACAUCAGAAUCAAAAUCUCUGCCUGUGCUAGGUUCGGGAGCCAGUGCCGCACAAACAGCGUUGAACAAGAAAGACCUGGAGACAGAAUUCAGUUCCAAAGCACCUGACUCAGGUCCCGACUCUAACCAGCCUAGGGGUGUCACGGGCUCCAAGCCUACGUUACAAUCAACUAGUCAUCCAGAAUUUACAAGAAAAGCUUCUAGCAGUGAAAAAGAGACAGAAUCCAUUGUAGUUUUAGAUCCUGUUUCCACCAGCGGGGAUCAGUCGUCUGAAAACACGCUGAAUCAGAACAAAAUGAAGGAAGAAAAAAGGAAGCCGCUGCAUAAAGAAACUAACGCUGAGAAAAUAAAAGAAACAGACAGUUCUAACUGUUAG